GAUAAUUUGGAGGGAUUAGGAUUGGAGGAACCUCUCGUUAGACGCUAUCUCGCUCUUCCUCAUAAACAUACAUAUUACCUCUUUCCUCGUCAGGUCCACGUUGCCACUGACUUUCCUUUCUGAAUCACGCGGCUACCGAUCAGCCACGCAAAGUUGUACUAGCAUUAGCGCCUGCUUGUACCCAUCAUCUUUACGCAGCUGGGCACUAUCAUAGUAUAGUAACCUUAGAGCGGCUUGGACCUUGCCACCGUUGACGCAAACAGUCAUAUCAUAGCAAGCAGCACCACCUGAUCCGCGACCUUUGGAAGUCUAUUCUGCUGGAAGGACCCUUGCUCCGGUGUUUAUACAACACUAUAAGAUAUCCCCGAUUCUCAUAAAAUUUUCACUACUAUCAUCCGCAAAACGUACACCCCACGCAACAAUUUCACCAUGGAGUCAGUCGCAUCACAUAACUAUACGACCCAGAGCUCUCCGAGUUUCACCAGAUUCGGCGAUCUCCCACCAGAGCUUCGCAUUAAGAUAUGGCAAACUGCUAUGCCUGAAGCGCGAACAGUCGUUGUCAACUCACCUCUCUCCCACAAAGAAACCUCUCCACAAUCACUCGAAAAUGCUUUACUACAACAAAAUGACGAUGCCGAGGCAUGGACGUCCCAUACUGAGAUUCCUGCUCUCCUUCACGUCAAUGCUGAAGCUCGUCAUGAGGCCUUGAUACAUUAUCAACUGUCCUUUGGUGUGGGACAGCACUCACCAAGAAUUUAUAUCGAUUUUUCGAAAGACACACUCUUCAUUGGCAACGCGGAGCUUACGCCAGGUCGCUCACCGCUAUGGGCCAAAACGACAGAUUUGGAAAAGUUAGAGAGACUUGCAGUGGUCCCCGAAGGUGCAUGGAGAGUGCUACGCUAUAAAAGGGUCAAUUUCGACAGACUACAGAAGUUGAUCUUCGUCCAUGACAUCUUGAAUUCAAAACUGAGCCCUACUUCCCAAUUGGUGGAAGACGAGGCACUAGAUGAGGUUGAGGAAUUGGUAGAGCGCAUCGAGCAGGCACAACGAUCAUCACCAGUGGUACAACAAUCAGAGGAGGAAAUGAAGAAGCGAAUGCAAGCUGCACGCGAGGAAUUGGAUACUUUGAUGAUGGUACUACCGACCCAGUGGGAGAAGGAGCCCAUCAUCGCGACCGCUAUAUUUGCAUAGAGGAACAGGACGCGCGGAUUUGAAGCUGUACAAUUAUCCACGACUUGCACGAUUUUCUUACAUUUUCAGACGAUACCCGAAGAUCAAUACCACGAUCGCUACUCAAAUGAUGAAUGAAAUACCAAUCUCUUCAUAAAGACAAUACCAAGUUCAUCAAAUCUUUCAACUCAAUCACAACUGCACAGUGACCCUAUUGUUUGCUUCUCACUCUGUUCUGCAAAACUACCUGCCCAAAGCGCACCAUGUGG